UCGUGUGGCUGGCGCGAGAGGGCCAACUCCAUGGCAACGGGACAGCAACAAGAAGAAGACAGGCUGAUAUGGCGGAGUCGAGGAUGGAGGAAGUCAAAGUGUCUCCUAAAAGAGUUUUUAUCAACAGACUAGACUGCUACGCUUCUAAAUGGAUCGCCAAGUUCCUGUGUGAGUGUGUGGUGGGGGGGACGGAGACUGAUGAAGAGGAGGAGAGACUCACACCAACCCGCAGCGGAGCUCCAUCCUUUCACCUGGUGGGAACUGUCUCUGACAACGAGGACAGACCACACGUCCUGGAGGAGUACAGACAACUGAACAGGGAUGAGCUACUUUCAAAGCUGAUGGACUGUGACGUCGUCAUCUACAACAUUACCCAGCAUGCCGAGCAGGUGGAAGAAGCCUUCUGGGCUGUUACAGCUCUCCACAAGGAAAUGGACCAUUUUUCUGGACCAAAGAUGUUCAUCCUCGUCUCCACGGUGAUGACCUGGGCGUGCAGCAAGCCAGACCAGCCUGACACUCCUUUCACUGAUGAGCUUUUCCGGAUAAGAAAAGCACAUCCCAACUUCAGACAGCACAUUGACCUGGAGAAGAGGGUGGUCAAAAUCGGCAAAACUAACAGGAAAUUGUUGUCGACAUACGUGGUGGCGUCAGGACUCCAGUACGGGAUGGGAGAGCAGCUCUUCCACUUCUUUUUCAAGACGUCAUGGCUGGGACAAGAACAUGAAAUACCUGUCUUCGGAGACGGCAACAGCAUCGUCCCCACGAUUCACAUCAGUGACCUUGCAAGUGUGAUUCAGAACGUGAUUGAACAUCGGCCCGAGCCGUAUUACCUGCUAGCUGUGGACGAUUCCAGCAACACCAUGGAGGACAUAGUGAAGGCAGUUGCCUUUUUUCUUGGACCUGGGAAGAUCCAGAAGAGGCCAUGUGAGGAAGCCUUCCUCAUACAGGACUGGAGUGUAAUGGAAAUUGAUUCCUUGCUGGUCAACCUACAUAUGGAGGGUGCCCUCCUUAAAGAACUGUUCUCCAUCAACUGGUUGUGUGAGUUUGGUCUGGUGGAUAACAUCCAGCUGGUGGUAGAGGAAUACCAGCAGACCAGGGGACUACUGCCCAUCCGUCUGUGUGUGUUGGGUCCUCCUGCGGUGGGGAAGAGCACAAUGUCCAAACAGAUCUGUGAAUAUUAUCACCUCCAUCACAUCACCCUGAAGGAGACCAUCUCUGAAACCAUCUCACAACUGGAAGAAACUGUGAAGAAUGCUAAUCCAGAUGCAGAGAAUGACGACUCUACAGCAGAGGCCAAGGAGCUGCUGAACAGCCUGAACAACAGUAUGGAGCAGAACGGAGGUCUUUUGGAUGACCAGCUGCUGGUGAGGGUGGUGAAGGAUAAGCUGAUGUCUAACCCGUGCAGAAACCAGGGAUUCAUUCUCGACGGCUUUCCCAAGACAUAUGAACAAGCUAAAGAGCUCUUCUGUGCUGAAGAACAUGAAUCAGAAGAUGGAACAUCCCAGAUUUCAUUAUUCAGCAAGACAAAUAUGCCAGAGUUUGUGUUGUGCCUGGAUGCGUCAGAUGCCUUCCUAAAGGAUCGGAUGAUGAACCUGCCGGAGAGGCUGGUACAGGAACACAACUACAAGCAGGAUCACGUCCUACGACGACUGGCCAGAUACAGAAAGAACAACACGGAAGAUGAAACUGUUGUGAACUACUUUGACGAGCUGGACAUCACCCCUCUGUACCUGGAGAUCACCAGCAGCGAUGAACCUGACUGCCUGCUGCUGAUGCAGAAGAUCUUAGACACGGUGGGCCGGCCCAGGAACUACGGCCCCAGAAGCCAGGAGGUGGAGGAAGAGGAGAGGAGGAAGGCUGAGGAGAAGAUGAGUAGAGAGGCCCAGGAGGAGGCUGAGGAGGAGAGGAGGGAGGCAGAGGAGGCCGAACACAGGGCUGCACGCUGGGAGGAGUGGACGAAGGGUCUGGAGGAGGUGAGGCAGCAGGAGGAGGAGCUGCUGGAGGCCCAGUCAGUCCCUUUGAGGAACUACCUGAUGGAGCACGUCAUGCCCACCCUGAGCCAGGGCCUGAUGGAGUGCUGCACAGCCCGACCUCAGGACCCCGUGGACUUCCUGGCGGAGUUCUUGAUGGAGAACAAUCCCCUUAACUACUAAAAGUGGAGGUCAUUUCUUCUCGCCGCACCUACACACGACGCAAAUACAAAACAAAACCUGAAAUAAAAAUUGUUUUUCUCUCCA